CUGCCCUUUAAGAACUCAGGCGACUCGGAACGAAGGCAAGCCUUGCUGUCACUUUUCGAUUACUUCUUCAACCGUUCCCACAGAUUCCGACUGAAAACAGUUGAAAGACUGCAGGACUUGCUUUUGCUAGUAUGCGAAACAGACCCUAAGGAUCAUCCUCUCCCUGGACCAAUGAAGGAAGCGAAGGAAUUGAAGGCGUAUGCUUUAAAAACUGUUAAAAAGUGGCAUGAGAAAUUUGGUCCCGGCUAUGAAAAGUUGAACUAUGUCAGCGAUUUUCUGCGGGAGUCCAAGGUUGUGGGUUUUGAUUCCGAAUCUGCAGAAAUGUUGGCUGAACGGAUGAGGAAAGAGGAAGAAGCUCGAAGAAAUGCGGAAUUAUUGCAGAAAACCGUGGCUCACAUUCACCAGGAAUUCGACGAUGCAAAAGCCGAUGUUGAACAAUGCAUAGCUUCUAUUGACACGGCUCUUUCGAUUUUGGUUCCAGUGUUUUGUACGGAAUCCAAUGCAGACGCUAGGAAUGGCUCAGGAAUUGCCACUUGUCCUAGCAGUGUCCAAGUUUCAGAGAAAGUGCAG